CGGGGCGGUGCCCGCCACGACGUCGCGGGGUCUGCGGUGGGAAGUGGAGGCUGCGGCGCGUCUCUCUGCCCUUGACAGCCUUUCCCGUCUCCAUGGCUGCCUUGACGACUCUGCAGGGCGUCGUCCGCAGGCCUCUGCUUCGCGGGUUGCUGCAGGAAGUAAGAUGCCUGGAGAGAAGUUAUGCAUCCAAACCCACUUUGAAUGAAGUGGUUAUAGUAAGUGCUAUAAGAACUCCCAUUGGAUCCUUCCUGGGCAGCCUCGCCUCUCAGCCAGCCACUAAGCUUGGUACUAUUGCAAUUCAGGGAGCCAUUGAAAAGGCAGGGAUUCCAAAAGAAGAAGUGAAGGAAGUCUACAUGGGCAAUGUCAUCCAAGGGGGUGAAGGACAGGCCCCUACCAGGCAAGCAACGCUGGGUGCAGGUUUACCUAUUUCCACUCCGUGCACCACAGUAAACAAGGUUUGUGCUUCAGGAAUGAAAGCCAUCAUGAUGGCCUCUCAAAGUCUCAUGUGUGGACAUCAGGAUGUGAUGGUGGCAGGCGGGAUGGAGAGCAUGUCCAAUGUCCCAUACGUAAUGAGCAGAGGAGCAACACCGUAUGGUGGGGUAAAACUUGAAGACCUGAUUGUAAAAGACGGGCUAACAGAUGUCUACAAUAAAAUUCAUAUGGGUAACUGUGCUGAGAACACUGCAAAGAAGCUGAGUAUCUCACGGGAGGACCAGGAUGCGUACGCUGUCGGCUCUUACACCAGAAGUAAAGAGGCAUGGGAUGCAGGGACGUUUGCAAGUGAGAUCACUCCCAUCACCAUCUCAGUGAAAGGUAAAUCAGAUAUGGUGGUGAAAGAAGAUGAAGAAUACAAGCGUGUUGACUUUAGUAAAGUGCCAAAGCUCAAGACAGUAUUCCAGAAAGAAAAUGGCACAAUAACAGCUGCCAAUGCCAGCACAUUGAAUGAUGGAGCAGCUGCUGUGGUUCUCAUGACUGCAGAGGCAGCCCAGAGGCUCAGUGUUAAGCCGUUGGCACGAAUUGCAGCAUUUGCUGAUGCUGCUGUAGACCCUAUUGAUUUUCCACUCGCACCUGCAUAUGCCGUGCCUAAGGUUCUUAAAUAUGCAGGACUGAAAAAAGAAGACAUUGCCAUGUGGGAAGUAAAUGAGGCAUUCAGUGUGGUUGUACUAGCCAACAUUAAAAUGCUGGACAUUGACCCCAAAAAAGUAAAUAUCCAUGGAGGAGCUGUUUCUCUGGGCCAUCCAAUUGGGAUGUCUGGAGCCCGGAUUGUUGUUCACUUGGCUCAUGCCUUGAAGCAAGGAGAAUUCGGUCUGGCUAGUAUUUGCAAUGGAGGAGGAGGUGCUUCCGCGGUGCUGAUUGAGAAGCUGUAGACAACUUGUUUUAGGAGACAGUUCCAUGUGACCUGCUGAAGUGAAUGUGACUUCUUUGGGCCAGGUUAUAUUCAGCAGAAGCUAUUUCAUUUUUUAUUAUUUUUUAUUAAAAAUUUUUUAAAAAUCAUAUCAAAAAACCCAUUGAAAUUACAAAUAAAAAUUUCUUCU